GUUAUCUUCUAUGAGGACAGGAACUUCCAAGGCCGCUCCUAUGAGUGCAGCGGCGACUGCUCUGAUAUGUUCUCCUAUCUGAGCCGCUGCCACUCCUGCAGGGUGGAGAGCGGCUGCUGGAUGGUCUACGACCGCCCCAACUACAUGGGCAACCAGUACUUCAUGAGGAGGGGCGAGUACGCUGACUAUAUGAGCAUGUGGGGAUUCAACAACUGCAUCAGGUCCUGCCGCAUGAUCCCCAUGCACAGAGGAUCCUACAGAAUGAGGGUCUACGAGAGGGAGAACUUCAUGGGUCAGAUGAUGGAGAUGACUGAUGACUGUGACUCUUUCAUGGAUCGCCAUCACUGGUCCAAUGGGUGCAUGUCCUGCCAUGUGUUUGAUGGCCACUGGCUCAUGUACGAGCAUCCCCACUACAGGGGAAGGAUGUCGUACUUUGGCCCUGGAGAGUACAGGAGCUUCAGGGACUGGGGCGGCAUGAGGUUCAUGAGCAUGAGGCGCAUCAUGGACUCCUGGUAUUAA